UCUCACGCGCUCUUCCGCUCUGGUGUGCUCCUGAGUGUCAGACUGCUGUUAUUAGUUAUUGAUUAUUGAUUAUUGGAAUAUCAGUCUGUAACGCUGACAACUCCAGCCGCAGCGGGGAACAUGAUAAAAGCAAUUUUGAUCUUUAAUAAUCAUGGCAAACCACGACUGUCAAAAUUCUACGAGCAUUACACCGAAGACACAGAGCAGCAGAUCAUCAGAGAAACCUUUCAUCUGGUGUCCAAAAGAGACGAGAACGUCUGCAACUUCCUGGAGGGAGGACUGCUGAUCGGCGGCUCGGAGAACAAGCUGAUCUACAGACACUACGCCACGCUGUACUUCGUGUUCUGUGUGGAUUCGUCCGAGAGCGAGCUGGGCAUUCUGGACCUGAUCCAGGUGUUCGUGGAGACGCUGGACAAAUGCUUUGAGAACGUGUGUGAGCUGGACCUGAUCUUUCACAUGGAUAAGGUGCACAACAUCCUGGCGGAGAUGGUGAUGGGGGGCAUGGUUCUGGAGACCAACAUGAGUGAGAUCUCGACGCAGGCGGAGGCACACAGCAAGAUGGAGAAGUCUGAGGCUGGGAUCGCAGGGGCUCCGGCUCGUGCCGUGUCGGCCGUGAAGAACAUGAACCUGCCAGAGAUGCCCAAGAACAUCAACAUCGGGGACAUCAGCAUCAAAGUGCCAAACCUGUCGUCUUUUAAAUAGUGACCGCUGCUCGUCUCUGAAACGGUUCACCAGAAUCACACAGACCUCGUGUUCAUCACAGACGGAGAGGCACGGAGCGAGGAAUGAAGUGUUAGAUGCUUCAGUCCUCGGUGUCUCGCUGCCGUGUUGGAGGUCGUGAGUGUGUGUGCGUGUGUGAGUGUGUGUGUAUGCAUGUGUGUGUGUGUGUGUGUAUAUGCAUGUGUGUGUUUGUGUGUGUGUGUGU